AUCACGCCAAGCUGGAUGGAUUAAGCGUGUUUUCCCAGGAACAAGACAGGAAGCAACGUUAGUUAGUUUACCAAGAGCGCGGAUUUGGAUCGGACAUGCUAUUUGUGGAGUAGUGGAGCACCUUGAAGUCUUGUCGAGGAAUCGGAAGAUUGUGUGGCGUUUAGAAGCGGGAGAGAAGGUUGCUUUUUUUCGGAAAUUUGAUACCUUGCACUAGUAGUGCAUGAAGAGCGUGCAGUGCUGCUGAGAAGAACACCCUCCCCAGGGCAGGUUCUCGGUUUUUGUGCAAAACUAAACUCAUAAUACACAGAGGUCUAGCCGUUCGGUCGGUUGUGUUGUGCUGUUUGUGUGUGAUUUUUAUGUAACAAAAUAGCAAGUUUCGAAACGAGACGUCGUCGUUGGUUGGUAAUCGAAUUAGGUUCUCCAGUGUGAGACGCAGCAAGCCUUGCGGUGUGCGUUGUUCCGUUGUUCACCGUCGGUUCCAAGUAGGCGCGGGAGCAAAACAAAAACAUUGACGACUAGGAGUUAGUGUUUUCUGGCGCUCGAAACGGUCGGGAUCCACAUCCAAGUGAGCGUCGUUCGGAGGAUUAGUUGACGUGUGAGGUGUUUUGGUUUUUAGCGGGACAACGCGAUGAAUCGGACUGAAUCCGAGGAUAGUCCGGUCGAAAUGACCGUGGAAACCGUGUCGACUACGGCGUCCGAUGUGGGAUCCAUGUCGGAUUCGCCAGUCCGGCAGCCGGAGAAAAAGAAGAAAAAGCGUGGGUUGUCGUUUAAGAAGAUUAGGACCAACGCUCAAAAGUUGAUUCCGGGCAGGAAAAAGAACGAAAAGGACGAAAAGUCCGAGGAGGCUGUGUCUCAGUCGGAAGAAGGUCCUCCGCCAUCGCCGCCUCCUACGCCCGUGCUCAAAGAAGUCAAGUCAACCGAGAGUCUUCCAGCGAUUAAGGAAGAACCUCCGGUCCUACAGCCGACCAAGUCGAUUGAUGAGCUCUCAGGGGACAAGAAGGCCAAAAAGGCUCGCAAACCAAGUCGAGCGGCAAGUUUCGUCAAGAAACUAGCCGGUCGUAAAUCCAAAGUUGCCCCGAACCCAAAGAACACCUCAUCCCUGGAGGAUGAAAACUCCGCCUCAACGUCCGAGACUCCGCUGAGCAUCAAGAGACGAACCCCGGAGGGAGCCAAUCUCAGCGUGUCCGAGACCAGUCUUUACGAGGGCGAUAAGCCCAGUGACAGUUUCAAAAUCGAACAACUCGAUAGUGAACCCAAAGUGGUGCGAACCAUUUCGCCGAAAAAGACCGAAAUGAAAAUCACUUUGGUCAACGAACAGGCAGAAAGUGUCGCCAGGGCAGGCGAUGGGAGUUCUAAGGCUUCUUCCGGUGUUCAGUUACCAGUGACUGCGUCGGCUUCGGUCGCCACCACUGCUGACGCCGAAUCGCCUUCAUCGGCUUCGUCAUCAUCGACGAGCGGCGUUGAUAAAGAGAACCUCGUCUCAGUCGCAAGUGUUGGUGAAUCGAAGACAGUCGCACCCGGUCCCACUGCCGCCUCGAUUGAUUCUAAUAAACCAAUUAGUGUUUCACGUUCAUCAAAAGUACUCACAACCGCCAUCGAGGACAACGUGGCCAUUUCCUCCAACAAGGAGAUCACCAUCAGCUCUCUGCUCAGCGGUGACUAUAUUGCCGAAAUCAAUAAAAUAUCAAUCGACAAAAUUAGCACCGUCGUGCCGAACAACGAUCAGCCACCGCUUACUACGCGCGAGAAAUUUUACCAAUCUGUUCCUUCGCAGGCGGUGAUCGCAGCAACCAACAACGGCUCGCUCUCCCUCCGAGAGGAAAAGGAAAACGUGUCCGAAACGUUCGAAGUAGUGAAUGACAACGUGGUAAAAUCCCCCGCGCCAAAAAUACCCCCGGAAUCGACCACCGAAAAGCUGAAAAACAUUUUUAUGAAGAAGGACACUCAGAAAAAGACCUCCGCUGCCACUACCACCAGCACCACCUCCCAGCCAGAACCAACUCCGAUCCUGACCACCGUCCGCACACAGGAAGCCGCCAAGCCCUAUCAACUUGGAAACAACAUCAAAAACCCCAAUCUUUCCGGAUUUAAGGAAACUGCCAUCGAGGACAGUAAACCUUCCUCUUCAACAGACGGCGAGGGUGGUGGCGGUGAUGCAAUAGUGUUCGACAUCGGCAGCAAAGUUCGCCCGGAUCGUACGUCCAGUGUCAAGCCAGCGAAGUCGACGCUCCUCACACCUACUAUCGGGGUGGUUGCGGCAGUGGACAGUGUAGUAUCCCCAUCCGGGACCUUCAAUCAAUCCAAAUCACUCGAAGAGUACGGUUCUCUGGAGGCACGGGGAUCCUCAUUCGACGAAAGUCCACUGAGUGAGAACUCCAGGCGCAGGAUUGCGUACGUUGCUCAGCCCACGUUGUUCACCCCGGAAGAGGAGGAACUGGUUACCGGAAGGCCGUCGCUGUUGUCCAGUGCUGCCGGAAGCUCGCUGGAGUCGGGUGAUUUUCUCGAGAACAAAAUGUCGCCGCAUGGUGAUUUGCUGCUGGAGAAGGGUGAAAACUUGUCAAAUAUGUCCACAGCACCGACGGAGAAGCGUGAGCACUUGUACAAAAUCCUGGUGAUUGGCGAGUUGGGCACCGGCAAGACGUCCUUCAUCAAGCGCUAUGUGCACCAGUUCUUCAGCCAAAACUACCGGGCCACCAUCGGGGUCGAUUUUGCCCUCAAAGUGCUGAACUGGGACCAGAAUACGAUCAUCCGGUUACAGCUGUGGGAUAUUGCUGGUCAGGAACGAUUCGGCAACAUGACCCGCGUCUACUACAAGGAAGCCGUCGGAGCGUUCAUCGUGUUCGAUGUGACGCGAAGUGCCACCUUCGAUGCGGUCAUCAAGUGGAAGCAGGAUCUCGACUCGAAAGUGCAACUGCCGGACGGAAAGCCGAUUCCGUGUAUAUUGUUGGCGAAUAAGAGCGAUCAACAGAAGCAAGGUAUUGUCACGACGCCGGCCAAAUUGGAUGAGUAUGUGAAGGAGUACGGCUUCGCCGGAUGGUUCGAAACGUCCGCCAAAGAGAAUGUCAACAUUGAAGAGGCUGCCAAAUCUUUAGUCAAUAAGAUCCUGACGAAUGACAAGCAGAUAAACGCGGGAGAAAUCAUGGAUUCGGACCGGCUCGCCCUGGCUGGCGGAAGCAAGGACUCGAAUCAGAAGAAAUCCUGUGCCUGCUGACCAUAUGCCGCCCCCAUAUGUCUCAGUGUCUUCUUUACUCGAUACUUUUUUUUUUAAUGUUAUUGAUUAUUUUAUACGUCUAAUAUAUACAACAAGAACAUCAAACAGCUAAGGCAAGGUGGAACCCGUAGGCAUCGUGCGGAGGAGUAAGCAAUUUCACUACCCAAGAAGAAAAAAAGAAAAGAGGAUACAAAUUUUAAACUCUAACAGUGUAGGGAAACGGAUAAGAUGAAACAGAAAUAUUAUACCAAAUAAUAAUACCUAGAAGUGAACCUUCGAAAUCACAAAAAAGAAGGUAACCAUCAGAGAGCAUGUAUUCUAAAUAAAUUUGAAGAAAAAAAAAAAAAAAUGUAACAAAUACGCUGAUACCAAUUGAGUCCGAUUUACUUAACCGUCUGGAGCAAAAGCUUUUAUACAUUUGCGAAAAAAUUGUUAACAUAAGAAAAAUGCCUGCAAAAUAAAAUAGAGGAAACCUGUUGGAUAUAUUGUACUGCU